AUGGAUCAAGUCAUACGUAGUUCUUUCUCUCAUUCGUUGGAAACGGUGGCCGAAGGAGGGAGAUCGAAUGACGGGAAGUUUAGAACCAAACCGGCCUAUUUUAGUGAGAAUUCGUCUACUACGGUGGCUGCCGGUGUCAGAGGUGGGGUGGAACGGAAGGAGGAGGACAUGGCGGUCCUUUUGGGACCAGUGCCGGCACAGAUGACCGCCUGUGGUGGCGGUGGUGACCUCUGUUGGUCUGUUGCGAAUCUCGCGGCCUGGUGCUCCAAGUCGAGGGGACGUGCGUCAACACGUGACGUCCUUCUUUUGGAUGUGGUGCGGUUGUGCGCGGGCGUGCCAGCACGGUCUACCGUGCGUCGAGAUGAUGAUGAGGUUCGGGUAGAAGAUGAUUUAAAUGUUGCGCCUGUUUUGCGUUCGACUCCUAAUCAAAUGAUCGUGGCCGAGUGA